GUACAGUACAGGGUAGGGUAGUACAGGUUCUGGCACCAGUCCACAGAACUCCAGGCAGCCUCCAUGGCUGGCUAGCUCCUCUGCAGGAGCCUUACUGGGAAGUCCACUUGGGUGAGCCAGUAUAGCUCCCCUCGGGGUCUAGAGGUGCUGGUUUGGGUCUCCCAUUAAGGGACAGUCAGGGCCCUCCCUCCUAUCGCCCUAGCUCUAGUCCUCAGCGGAGCCCCUUCCCUUGCCCAGCCCCAAGUGCUCUGCAGCCGUUGGAGCUAAGGAUCCCUCCCAGUUCCCUGGCAGACCUGGCCGAGGUGCUGAACUCCCUUGAGGCCCUGUGACCUCAGGCAGUAAAAAGCCUCUCUGAGUCAAUCUGUAAAAUGGGAGGACAGGAGUGAUUACUUCUGCCACCGGUUAUAACAUCAACAGGGUUCGUUGGGCUCAGGUCUGAGGCAGGUGUCCCCGGCUUUUGGUGACUGAAGCUGUUGUUGCAGACUCAGUUUACCCUUCUGGAGCCUCUCCAGUUUUGUCCUGCUUCCUUUGGGUUCUGGGAGGGGUUUCUGAGUCAGUACAGGGGAACUCUGUACCCCUCCUCCAUUCAGAGACUCAGCUGGACUACAGAUUGGGCAUCAGAAGUGUCCAUCUUAGUGGACACUAAUCCAGAAUUUGACCUACAGUUAGCUCCUGACUCCAAGCCCUUUCUGAGUGGCUGGCUUAGACAGGUCCCCUUUCCCCUCUGAACCCCACCUGGAUCCAGGAAUUUGACUGGUAUCAGAGACCCCCUGAGCUAUGUGUGCUUUUGAGCUAUGGAUGGUGCCUUUCCCCAGGGAUGGCUUCUUUGCUCUCAUGUGCUCUGCCAUCCCUGGUCCCUUGGGUCCCAGGGCUCCUCUAGGGACUAGGAGCUCCCUACAGACUUAAGUGAAUCUCUUGUUCUGUGUGCCUCUCUGAGAUGGUGGCUGGUGAGGAGUGAUGGGGAGGGGCCAAAAUCUAGUGUGUACUGGGGAUGAGAGAGCCCCCCCACCCCCCGCUAAAGCUUGCCCUGUCCCAUGCAAAAUAAGAGGAGUCAGAGUGGAGCUCAAGGAUGGCCUAAUGGUUCACAAAGGGCCCAGCAAACUCUGUAUGAUCCCACUGACAGAUGAAGCAAGGAGAGGCUGGGGGAAGUCACAGUGCAUGUGGCGAUGGACUAGCAGAGAGAGAGGAUAUAGAAAGCUGCUGAGUGCCUCCACCAGGGCAGGCUGAGGCUGGGUAUUAGGUUAGAGAGAGGACAGGUUUCAAGCAGGAUGCUGGAGUGUGCGGUGGCUGUAGCUCUCACCCAAGGAUGGGGGGGGGGGUCCCAUCAACUGCAGUCACUGAGUAGCCCCGCUUUCCUAUGUUCUGCCUUUGCAGGGGGAGUCCUCAGGUCCAUCCCAUACCUCUAGCUUCCACCUGCAGCUCUGCUGUUUUGUGUUUGUUUGUUUGUUUGUUUGUUUGUUUGAGACGGGGUUUCAUUAUGUAGCCUGGACUGGCUUCCAAUUCAGAAUCUUCCUUCCGGAGCUGAGUGCUGGGAUCGCAGGUGUGCAGCACCAUUGCCGGCCACACCAUUGUCGAAGCUUUGGCUGUCUUCUUCCCACUCAGGCAUCUGCCCCUUCUGUCGAUUCAGCUGCCGCUUACUGAGCACCAAUGGUGCUGGGCACUUUCGUCAGCCAUUUUCAGAUGAGAAGAUGAAGGCUUGCCAGGCUUGUCUCACUGCGCCCGGAACCAUGAGUGAAGCCAGGAGAGACAGUACUAGCAGCCUGCAACGCAAGAAACCCCCAUGGCUCAAGUUGGACAUCCCAGCCGCGGUGCCCCCGGCAGCAGAGGAGCCCAGCUUCCUGCAGCCCCUGCGGCGACAGGCUUUCUUGCGGAGUGUGAGUAUGCCAGCUGAGACAGCCCGGGUCCCAUCACCCCACCAUGAGCCUCGCCGGCUGGUGCUGCAGCGUCAGACAUCCAUCACACAGACCAUCCGCAGCCGGCAGGUACGCUUUGGGCGUGUUCAUACUCUGCCCCUUUUGAGGCCGAGGGCUGCUCGAAAGGCCCACCCACAGCGCCAGUCUCUCUCAUGGUCCUUGCUCAGGGGGACAGCAGACUGGUUUGGAGUGAGCAAGGACAGUGACAGCACCCAGAAGUGGCAGCGCAAGAGCAUCCGUCACUGCAGCCAGCGGUAUGGGAAGCUAAAGCCGCAGGUCAUCCGGGAGCUGGACCUGCCCAGCCAGGACAAUGUGUCCCUAACCAGCACCGAGACACCACCUCCCCUCUACGUGGGGCCAUGCCAGCUGGGCAUGCAGAAGAUCAUAGACCCUCUGGCCCGAGGCCGGGCCUUUCGCAUGGCUGAUGACACUGCUGAUGGCCUGAGUGCCCCCCACACUCCCGUCACACCAGGUGCAGCCUCCCUCUGCUCUUUCUCCAGCUCCCGCUCAGGUUUCAACCGACUCCCUCGGCGUCGCAAACGUGAAUCGGUGGCCAAGAUGAGCUUCCGGGCCGCUGCAGCAUUGGUGAAGGGUCGGUCUAUUAGGGAUGGCACUUUACGAAGGGGACAGCGCCGAAGCUUUACCCCUGCCAGCUUUCUUGAGGAAGACAUGGUGGACUUCCCUGAUGAGUUGGAUACAUCUUUCUUUGCUCGGGAAGGUGUCCUCCACGAGGAGAUGUCCACGUACCCAGAUGAGGUGUUUGAGUCCCCAUCAGAGGCAGCGCUCAAGGACUGGGAGAAAGCCCCGGAUCAGGCCGACCUCACGGGUGGGGCCCUGGACCGCAGUGAGCUUGAGAGAAGCCACUUGAUGUUGCCCCUGGAACGAGGCUGGAGAAAGCAGAAGGAAGGCGGCCCUCUAGCCCCGCAGCCCAAGGUGCGGCUUCGCCAGGAGGUGGUCAGUGCGGCGGGACCCAGGAGGGGUCAGCGUAUCGCUGUGCCAGUGCGCAAACUCUUCGCUCGGGAAAAGCGGCCUUAUGGUCUGGGGAUGGUGGGACGGCUCACCAACCGCACGUACCGGAAACGCAUCGACAGCUAUGUCAAGCGGCAGAUCGAGGACAUGGAUGAUCACAGGCCCUUCUUCACUUACUGGCUCACCUUUGUGCACUCACUGGUCACCAUUCUGGCUGUGUGCAUCUAUGGCAUAGCGCCCGUGGGCUUCUCGCAGCAUGAGACGGUGGACUCGGUACUUCGGAAGCGGGGUGUCUAUGAGAAUGUCAAAUACGUCCAGCAGGAGAACUUCUGGAUUGGCCCCAGCUCGGAGGCCCUCAUUCACUUGGGUGCCAAGUUCUCACCCUGCAUGCGUCAGGACCCACAGGUGCACAGCUUCAUCCUGGCUGCCCGGGAGCGUGAAAAGCACUCGGCUUGCUGUGUACGCAAUGAUCGGUCUGGGUGUGUGCAGACUUCCAAGGAGGAGUGCUCGUCCACGUUGGCGGUGUGGGUGAAGUGGCCCGUUCAUCCUAGUGCCCCAGACCUUGCAGGCAACAAGAGACAGUUUGGUUCUGUCUGCCACCAGGACCCCAGGGUAUGUGACGAGCCUUCCUCUGAGGAUCCCCACGAGUGGCCAGAAGAUAUCACCAAGUGGCCGAUCUGCACCAAAAGCAGCGCGGGGAACCACACUAACCACCCUCACAUGGAUUGUGUCAUAACAGGCCGGCCUUGCUGCAUCGGCACCAAGGGCAGGUGUGAGAUCACCUCCCGGGAGUACUGUGACUUCAUGAGGGGCUACUUCCAUGAGGAGGCCACACUCUGCUCUCAGGUGCACUGCAUGGACGAUGUCUGUGGCCUCCUGCCUUUCCUCAAUCCUGAGGUGCCUGACCAGUUCUACCGCCUGUGGCUGUCCCUCUUCCUGCACGCUGGGAUCCUGCACUGCUUGGUGUCCGUCUGCUUCCAGAUGACGGUCCUGCGGGACCUGGAGAAGCUGGCAGGCUGGCACCGCAUAGCCAUCAUCUACCUGCUGAGUGGUAUCACGGGCAAUCUAGCCAGUGCCAUCUUCCUGCCAUACCGGGCAGAGGUCCGGCCGGCUCCCAGUUUGGCAUCCUGGCCUGCCUCUUUGUGGAGUUGUUCCAGAGCUGGCAGAUCCUGGCCCGACCCUGGCGUGCCUUCUUCAAGCUCCUGGCCGUGGUGCUCUUCCUCUUUGCCUUUGGGCUGCUGCCCUGGAUCGACAACUUCGCCCACAUCUCGGGCUUUGUCAGCGGCCUCUUCCUUUCCUUUGCCUUCCUGCCUUACAUCAGCUUUGGCAAGUUCGACCUGUACCGCAAGCGCUGCCAGAUCAUCAUCUUCCAGGUCGUCUUCCUGGGCCUGCUGGCCGGCCUGGUGGUCCUCUUCUACUUCUACCCGGUGCGCUGUGAAUGGUGCGAGUUCCUCACCUGCAUCCCUUUCACGGACAAGUUCUGUGAAAAGUACGAGCUGGACGCUCAGCUCCACUGAACCAGCCGUGGACUCCCCAGGCCAGCCCGGCCUCCCAGGGCUGAACAGAUGGGUGCUUCCUGGACACUGACCUCUUGUGCCUUGCUCGCUCCGGUUGUACGCUUACACUGCUGGGCAUUUAGUACAUGAGUUCCCAUGAUAACCUCCUAACUAGUCCCCGACAACCACCUCAUGUGGUCAAUAAAUGGACUGGGAGCGUUUUAGCUGCCACUAACUCGA